AUGAAGAGUGGAGUCCCUGGCAAUUUCUCCAUUGUGACAGAGUUUAUUCUCCUAGGAUUCAGAGUUCCCCCAGAAUUCCAGAUCAUCCUCUUCUUGGUCUUCUUGCUCAUCUAUAUGGUCAUACUGGUGGGGAACACUGGAAUGACAGUCCUCAUUAAGAUAGACUCGCAGCUGCAUACUCCAAUGUAUUUCUUCCUUAGAAACUUGUCCUAUUUAGACCUUUGCUACUCAACUGUCAUUGCCCCCAAAACUUUGACAAAUUUCUUAUCCACAAGAAAGACAAUUUCUUAUAAUGCCUGUGCCACUCAGUUUUUCUUCUUUGCUCUCUUUGUCACAGCUGAAGCCUUUCUUCUGGCUGUGAUGGCCUAUGACCGCUUCACAGCCAUCUGCUCCCCACUUCUCUAUCCUGUGCGCAUGUCCCAGCAGGUGUGUAUCCAGCUUGUGGCUGGUUCCUACUUUUGUGGGUGCAUCAAUUCCAUGGUUCACACUGGCUUCACCUUCAGUUUACAGUUUUGUGGGGAGAACAGAAUUGAUCACUUCUUCUGUGAUGUUUCAGCCCUGAUCAAGAUCUCCUGUGUGGAUACCUUUGUAAAUAAGAUUGUGCUGUUUAUACUUUCUGCAGUCAUCAUUAUAACCACGAGCCUGGUGAUCCUGGUCUCCUAUUCUUACAUCCUCACCACUGUCCUGAAGAUCCCCUCAACUCAGGGCAGACGCAAAACUUUCUCCACCUGUGGGUCUCACAUUGCUGUGGUGAGUUUGUUCUAUGGGACAGUGUUCUUCAUGUAUGCACAGCCUGGGGCCCUCUCAUCUCCAGAGAAAAGCAAGGUCGUAGCUAUAUUCUACACACUUGUCAUCCCCAUGUUCAACCCUCUGAUCUAUAGCCUGAGGAAUAGGGAUGUGAAGGAGUCUGUGAAAAGAAUCAUGGGUAAGAAAAGGUCCUCUCAGUGA